AUGGACGAAGAGGCGCCUUUAAAGUACAAAUUCGAAAACGACGAAACCAGAUUGAAGACCGACACCGGAAAAUCGAUCCAAAUUUUCGUCCAUAACAACAACAAACCUCUGUCGUCUAAGUACCUCGCCCUCAUAAAAAAGAAAGAAGUUAGGAAGCCUCUACUCGGCACUUUUGACACUCUGGUCUCUUUAUUUUUGAUUUCUACGUGCGUUGUUGGAGUGUGGAGAGGAGUUUGGGUGUUGUUGGAAAUCUACGACGACUACGUCCCAGCUUGGAUGUGCUUAUCCGUGGGUCUUUGCACCUACAUCGUCUUCAUCAUAGUCCAAGAUUCCUUGAACGACAUAGUCAAGAAAAAAAGCUCCACUACAGAAAGCAAAAUUUUCAACUUUUUGAUAACUCGCACGUACACUUCCAUUUUCGCCGUUUCGUCGAUCAUGUACUGGCGAGGCGGAUGGGCUUUUAUGGACAAGUACUUGAACGUGGAACUGACCAAAUCCGGAACCGUACUAAAAAAAGGAAGCGGAGUUAUGUUAACGGUUUGUGCUGGAUGUUUGCUGCUGAUUAUGGCCUUACGGAGCCUGAGGAAUUGUGUCGCGCCGCCGUUUCUCUUCUGCACGGACAGGAAGAGCAAGACGUUCGUUAUUCUUACGAGGUUUAGGACGAAGGUUCAACAAAUCUAA